CACUGCCCCAAAACGACUUGCAUUGAUUUUUACGCUGUGCUUGCUUUAUCGAUCUAGUUUAAUUAAGUUUUAAGUCAGUCCGAAAUGUUUUGUGCGCUUCUACUUGUCUGCUCAGAGUUUCCGUUUAGUGUGUUCUAACAAAGGAUCUUGUAUUCGUUCGUUGAUGUAAAUGCAUUGUAACUGAUUUCAAAAUGGCCAAGAACAGCUUUAAAACUUUAAUCAGUCAGAAACAUAAAACGUUUCCGGCGGACCUCAAUAUGUACGGAAUGAAGUGCAAAUCGCAACUAUUGGAGGAUCAGGAGAACGUGACCCUGAUCAUUAAUCGUCGGAACUCAAUUCGCCAGAAGCCGAAAAGUUGGACAUGGACCCUGCUGCGAUGCAGGUGGCAAAAGAAGCUAGUUUUGUUGCUAAUAUUUAUUUGUGUGUGCGUUCUAAUCGUUUUCGCCAAUACGCAUCUCUUGGUUCGCGGCAAUAUCCUGUCGGCAUUCCUUUCCAGUCGGCUUAAUAAACUUUCGCAUGCGGAGAAACAGGAGGCAGCAAGAUACCCAGAUACCCAGGCCACGACCCCGGUAGUUCCUCCGGUUUUGAGGCCAACACACUACCUGCUGAACUAUUCCUCCUCCCAGCUGGAGCUGGGCUCCCACUUGAAUGGUUUCUCCUCGGACUACAACAUAUUCGUUAUAUACACCAGAGAAAACUAUCAUCUUAACUUGAAGUUCGAUCUGUUCGCCCACAGUUUGUUGAAGCACACCAGUGCCCAGUUGCAUUUGCAUGUGAUUACGGACAGCGAAAGUCAGACUUCUGUGCUGGAGAUACUGCAGCGACAGAUUCGGAGAUUCCGGAGGACGGUGUUGUACACCAUUUACGAUGUUAAGGUCUGCUCCAGCAUAAUACAAGAUAUAGCUGCCAAGUUGUCCCCGUUCUUUAGCUCAACCCCGAACUCGUACUAUAGCGACUCCCUGUUUUUCCUCUCCCUUGGCCUGCACAGAAUAGCCGAUAGAAGCUUAAACAGAGCCAUUCUGCUUGAUUGUGAUAUAGUCUUCCGAUCGGAUGUCCGACUGCUGUUCAACGAGUUUGAUCACUUUCUGCCGCACCAGCUUUACGGAUUGGCGCCGGAACUGACGCCCGUUUAUCGCCAUAUCCUUUAUCGCUACCGUGUACGGUAUCCUAAGACCAGUUUUGGCAAUCCGUACUAUCCGAUGAACAACGAACAGCAACAUAGUCAUAUCCAUCACGGUUAUCCUGGCCUGAAUUCUGGGGUGGUCCUGCUGCUGCUCAACCGCAUAAGGAACUCAAAGGCCUACUUGGAGAAGCUGACCCAUUCGGAGGUGAACACUCUGGUCGCCAAAUACUCCUUCAAGGGUCAUCUCGGUGAUCAGGACUUUUUCACACUCCUGGGAUACGAAUAUCCCAACUUGAUCUACAGACUGGACUGCAUUUGGAACAGGCAGCUGUGCACCUGGUGGAAGGAUCACGGCUAUAGCGACAUUUUCGAUGCAUAUUUCCGGUGCGAGGGCAAUAUUAAAAUGUACCAUGGCAACUGUAAUACGCGUAUUCCAGAAUAAAUAAAAUUGUUAUAGUAAUAUUAAAAA